ACGGCAUGCCCACGCGUGUCAAAGAUCUCAGACUGGAGACGGAGACGGCAAUAAACCGUCUUGGGUGGUAGAAGCGUGCGUAUGCUCUCCAAUAUUUUGUCCGGUAUGUACACGUAUCUCCGUUAUCAAUGCCAAGUCUUGAUAAGGCUGUCAAUUGAGCGGCUUAUUCAGGCUGACACUUGGAUCGCUUGGUACUGCCAAUUAGCCUCUAUUGGAACGAAUAAGAAUUUCCCCUGAGGAAAAGGCGUUCGUCUGCUGCCCCUCUGACAGAGUUAUUCCAUGGACAUGGAACAGGAACACACGGGCAGGGAGACUAAUAAAGUCUGCGGAGUCUGCGGAGACAAAGCUCUCGGGUACAACUUCAAUGCCGUCUCUUGCGAGAGCUGCAAGGCCUUCUUCAGGAGGAACGCUUUGAAAAAUAAGGACUUCCGAUGUCCCUUCACUGAAAACUGCGAGAUCACGGUAAUAACUAGGCGAUUUUGCCAAAAAUGCAGACUCGACAAGUGCUUCAACAUCGGCAUGCGAAAGGAGUACAUCAUGUCGGAGGAAGAGAAGGUACUGAAACGGCAGAAGAUCGAACUGAACCGAGCUAAGAAGAGACCUCCUUCGGAAGAUACAAAGGCUAAUAAGAUGAAAAGGGAGUCCUUAGAGGAUGGCAUUAUCGACAACGAUACAAGGUUAUCCAUCACUUCGGGCACUUCGGUCACUUCGACUACCUCAGAGAUUUACGUUUGGGAUUCCGACAAGAAGUACACGAUCUUGGAUGCCAAUCGUCAGUUUGUAACCGAGCCUGUCAGUCCUUUACUGGUUGCAAGUGUACCGAGUCCUUCCUGUCCACCGGAAGGCACCGAUAUAGUAGGAACGAGAACGCUAGAAAUGUCAAGGGAGCUCGAGAGAAGUUCUGUUCUAACUUUUGGCAAAUAUACCAGACGUUCCUCAGGUUUGGAAGAGAUCGACAGUGAUUUAGAUAGUAGCCUUCCUAGUCCGUCGAAGAGUGACGACGACCUAUCAACCAUUGGGAAUUUUGAUAUCGUCUCGCAGACUUCGACAAAAAUUGGUUCUACCUCCUUGAAUGCUGUUAAGUACGACCGAAACACAAAUACGUUUUGCGCCAAUUUCGACAGUGUCGAGAAUGCUCCUAGGUAUACCUUUAGGUUUAAUGGUACACCUUUGAACUGUGAGAGAUCCGAACUUAACAGCGAUCAGGCACAAACAACAGUGAACACUGGAUGUUCACCAAUGGACACUUGUUUGAGUCCAACUUCUAAUGUACAGAUGAGCAUGGAAGAGAUGAGUAUGGGCACGAAACCAAAGCAAGAUUCAUCGAAGGGAUCGGCUUUAGUGGAAAAGUUCAAGCAAGAUCCGGGUCUGAUUACCAAACUGCUGGGAAACCCGUCACUGGUAGCGAAGAUAGUUCUGGAUGAAAGCGUGCUGGCUAAGAUCGUCACGGAUCCUGAAACAAUGAACAGGUUGGCCUGCGAUCCACAGAUCGAACAGUUCCUCGGAGAGCAUGGCUCAUCCGUUGAGGUGUGCACUCCACCCAUGGAGUGCACAAAUCAAGAGAAAACGGAUUGCGAAAUGUCUAAUACGUUAAACCACAAUGGGACGUCGAAUAAUCUGAUAAGGCACAUACUCGACACCGAGCAGAAUGAAAUCGAGAAUCCGAUCCUUACGAAUCUGAUCACCGGUAACCAUCCCAACGAGUGCACCAACAAAAUUAAGAUUCCGACUACUUUGAAGGACAAGAACGACAGUGACAAUGACGUUACCAAAGAUGUGCUUCAAGAUGUGCAAAGAAUACCAAUCGCUGCCAAUUCCAUCGAGUCGAUAUUGUGCGAGGCUAUAAAAUUGGAGUUUUCAGCUUAUUCGGCGUUUGGCGGUAAUCAAACUAGUAGAGAAUUAAACGAUGCAGAGCGUGCCAAAUUGAAUGAACUGAUCGUUGCCAAUAAGGCAUUGCUCGCACCCCUUGACGAUGACCUUACAAAUCUAGUCGGUGAUCAGUGCAAGUUUAAGGGAAAUUCUGAAUACUCCGAUCCAAUGCUGUUAGACGUGAUAAAUCUGACUGCGGUGGCCAUAAGACGUCUGAUAAAAAUGUCGAAGAAGAUCAACGCCUUUAAAAGCAUGUGUCAGGACGACCAGUUGGCGCUUCUGAAGGGCGGCUGCACGGAAAUGUUGAUCCUGAGAUCUGCAAGUAAUUACGACUCCGACAGGGACAUGUGGAAGAUUCCGCACAGCCAGGAGAGAAUGUCAAAGAUCAAGGUGGACGUCUUGAAGGAAGCGAAGGGGAACCUUUACGCGGAACACGCGAAAUUCGUCAGGACUUUCGAUCCGAAAUGGCGGGACGAGAACGUCAUUUUAAUAUUAACCGCCAUCGCUCUCUUCACGCCCGACCGGCCGAAAGUCGUGCACAGUGACGUCAUUAAAUUGGAACAAAAUUCGUACUACUAUCUGUUGAGGAGAUAUCUGGAAAGCGUGCACCCGGGAUGCGAAGCCAAAUCAACAUUUCUGAAGUUAAUCCGGAAGAUCUCCGAGCUGCACAGAUUGAACGACGAAGUCGUCGGUGUGUAUCUUAACGUGAAUCCAUCUAGUGUGGAGCCACUGUUAAUAGAGAUAUUCGACUUGAAGCAUUGACAACAACGAAGAGACGUGAGAAUUUAUUUUUCUACGAGCCCAGUGGAUCGGAAGAUGAUUGAACACAUUACAGAACGCAUAAAGUACAGAGAUAUUCCUACUCUGAAUUCUGCUGUA